ACUGUGCCGAAACAUGAUGAACCAUUCACCCCUAUGGGAAUUUCUCCUCCCAGCUUGCUAGCGUCAGCUACAUCUGUGUCUGUCAGCCUGAGUAGUUCCAGCAGCGGCAGCAUAGUGGCAGCAGCCGCGACUUGGCUCCGACAUCAAGCUGCCUCUCUGUGUCAUUCUGCUUUAACUUGCCGGAGAGGGAGCGCAGCGCAUCUCGCUCUGCUCGCUCUUCAAGAAAAAAGUUCUGUUUUGUAAUUUCUCUUUGGCUUCAGUGCAGAUUUGUUUCAAAUUCAUGAAUGAGAAAGGAAGGCAGCCUUGCUUUUAGAGGAGACUUUUUGGAGCUCUUUGGAGAGUGCUCUCCGUACGCAGGGAUGCCCAAAGCGUUCCGCUGUCCACUCUGCCCUUCAGACUGUUUCUUCUCUCCCUCUCUGUUCAGACUUUCUCCUCCGGAUCCCUUUGGCAUGCAAGGGUCAAGUCAGCAGGAUUUCUCUUCCACCAGAGUUCUCUUCAGCUGUGUUAUGAUCCUGUUCCUCGGUGCCACAAUUGACCCAAAGGCUUCCCAGGCAAAACAAAGGGAUUAACUGUGAACUUUGCUCCCUUGGACAGACAACACUGAGACAUUAUCAAAAUGCUUUUGCCUCACGUGGAAGAUCCAAACAUGCUUAUGAUGGAUGGACGCCUGUAAUAUCCAGAAGACCAUGGAAGGAGAAAACCUAGUUAACUUCACCAGAAAUAACACUACAAAAGACGUCCACCUGGUCACUCACAGUCUUUGGGAGGUGAUCACCAUUGCGACUGUGUCUGCCAUUGUCAGCCUCAUCACCAUUGUGGGCAAUGUUCUUGUAAUGGUCUCCUUUAAAGUCAAUAGUCAACUGAAGACAGUGAACAAUUACUACCUACUGAGUCUGGCAGCAGCAGACCUCAUCAUAGGGGUUUUUUCCAUGAAUUUGUACACCUCUUACAUCCUGAUGGGCUACUGGGCUUUAGGGGACCUGGCCUGUGAUCUGUGGUUAGCAUUGGACUACGUAGCCAGUAAUGCCUCUGUCAUGAACUUGCUUGUGAUCAGUUUUGACAGAUAUUUCUCCAUCACUCGGCCUCUGACUUACAGGGCCAAACGGACUCCUAGACGAGCUGGAAUUAUGAUAGGUUUAGCUUGGUUGGUGUCUCUGAUUUUGUGGGCCCCACCUAUUCUUUGUUGGCAAUAUUUUGUUGGGAAAAGAACUGUUCCUGAAAGGCAAUGCCAAAUUCAGUUUUUCUCUGAGCCCGUUAUAACAUUCGGGACAGCAAUUGCGGCCUUUUAUAUUCCUGUGUCGGUUAUGACAAUCCUCUACUGUCGGAUCUAUAAGGAGACAGAGAAGAGGACAAAAGAUCUGGCGGAACUUCAGGGGGUUAACUAUCAAUUGGACUCUGGUGAGGCACAGCCUCAGAAGACCAUCAUAAGAUCAUGUUUUAGUUGCAAACUAAGAUCAACUUCACAUGAUCAGAACCAAGCUUCCUGGUCAUCUUCCAGCAGGAGCCAUGCCAAAUCCACUGGAUCCACUAGUGAUGAGUGGUCCAAAGCCGGUCAGUUGACCACCUUCAAUAGCUAUGCCUCCUCUGAGGAUGAGGACAGGCCAAUGUCUCCGGUGGGGCACAAGCCCUCAGUCAGGAAUCAGGCUUGCGAAGCAAACAGAAUCAUUGUGGGCAGUGAGAGUGAGCAGCUCAGCAGUUUUGAUGACGACAGCUUCUUCCAGGCACGUCCCAAAAGCAGCUCUCAGAAGAGUAGCAAAUGUGUGUCCUACAAGUUUAAACCUGUCCCCAAAGAUGCUCACGUGGAACACCAGAGCAAAAACGGAAACACCAAGUUGGUGUCCUCAACGUUCUCCUCGGCUGAAUCUAUGAGCGUUCCCUCGACCUCCUCAGUGUCCAAGCCUACAGAUACAUCUCUGAAAAGCCAGAUCACCAAGAGAAAAAGGAUGGUGCUGAUCAAAGAAAGGAAGGCAGCUCAGACUCUCAGUGCUAUCUUACUGGCAUUCAUCCUUACAUGGACCCCUUACAACAUCAUGGUGUUGAUUUCCACCUUCUGCUCAGACUGUAUCCCACUCUCCCUCUGGCACCUGGGCUACUGGCUGUGCUAUGUCAACAGCACCGUUAACCCCAUGUGCUAUGCCCUGUGCAACAAGAACUUUCAAAAGACAUUCCGCAUGCUGCUGUUCUGCCAGUGGAAAAAGAAAAGGAUUGAGGAGAAACUGUACUGGUAUGGACAGAACCCUGCAGUUAACUCCAAGCUCACAUGAAUGACUUUUUUUGUAAGGUAUGGGAUCUUACCAACUAUCUUGGCUUUGUAAACUUGGACUCUACAUGUUAGUGUUAAUCAAUUCAUCUGGUGUCAUGAAGAGUAACUGCUGCUAAAAUCCUUCAAAAAGAAUGACUAUAAACAAACAUCAAACUUUUUCGCAUUUUGUCAUUUAACUGAAAACUCCAUUGUUUUCUACUGGGAUGUUUUGUAGGAAGGUGACACAAAGCAAUUUUCAAUGGUAAGGUGGAAAGACAAUGUUUUAACAAUAAAUAAAAAAAAAUCUAAAUUGCAGCAUGCAUUUGUUUUUCACCAUUUGCUGCUAUCGUG